AAGAAAUGUCAAGUUUCUAAAACAGAGUUUAAAACCUAUAGUGUGAAGAAGCCAAUCAUGACUUACCUAUUACAUUGAUUUGUUUUAACAAGGACUGUUAAAAAAGGAAAGUUUGUACAACUUGUGUAGAGGAAUUUCAUAAAAAUCAUACAGAGAAAUUGGCAUCGCUGGAAGAUGUUGAAGCGUUUAUCAAAAAUAAUUAAAUCAAAUAAAGAGGAACUUUCCAAUGCAAUGAUAUCUUAGGGAAGUUCGAUGAAUUUAAAAAUGAUGUCCUCAGCCAAUUAAAAGUAUUGGAAUUCAUCUUAAAGGAAAAAGUACGUCAAUUAUUUCGCAAUUUGAAUAAUACAGGAAAUAAAUUGUAGCAAAUAGGCGAUGAAUGUGAAAAUGACCUCAAUGAACUAUAAACCAAAUGCAAUAAAUAGAUUGAGGAAUUUAAAAUUGAAUGGGAUAAAAAACUCAGCUCAUUUAAAUCUAUUCUUACUCCAAUCCACAUUAAUUUAAAGAGGUUUGAAAAAUUAAGCGAAUAGGAAAUAGAUUUAAACCCAUAAUAGGUAAACAUUAAUGUUCUGUACGCGAAAUAAACAAUUAAAUUAACUAAGUUGAAUUUAUCAUUCCUAUAAAAUGCUUUUUAUGAUAAAUAAAUAGAAUUAGAAUUCUCUAUAUUCAAAAAUAUGUAUCUAAUGUAUUAAUUGUAAUAGGAAUUUAUAAGAAAAAAUACAUAAUUGGAAAGCCAUUGUAAAUCACAAUUAAAUGAAAAUUGAAAAGGAUUCAUAUCAAAUUUAAAUGCCAGAUAAUGUAUAUUUCAAAGAAGGAGAAUGCUACAGUUUGGAAAUCAAAAGUAAUUAAGAUGUUAAAUUUAAAUUAUCAAAUGAACAAAGUUUGGAAAAUCAACUUAUUGGGUUUUAAUAAACUGAUUAUGAAAAAGAAUCUUUCAAAACUGAUUAGAAGAUAACAAUCAUCAGUUAAAGUGCAAGUGGAUUAUUAGUCUCAAUUGAGGCAUUUGUAGAAUGAUAAAAAG